CGGCUCAAGUAACAAAGAACAAGCUUGUUUUAUACCUCUCCUUUAUUCAUAUUAAGUACGCGCAAGCAUUUCCACGUAGUUGCGGGUUAGCUCCUGUUUCAACAAUGCAAGACUUUACGAGGCCAAGAGCCCAACUGUUAUCCUUCCUCGAAGUACGGAUUAUAUUUUUGCAAUGGUGGUAUACCCUACGAGCCCGAAUAACUCAACGGCCAGUCUUAGCCAUAGGCUUCGCGAUCUCGGCCGCAUCAAGCCCAAGAGCGAACGGAAAGACGAGAGAGAGUUUGAGAUCAUCCACACGCCGGACCGGCCUGCUCGCCUGGUGACGCCGGUCGAGGCUCCCACUGAGGAAGAGUGUGGUGACGAUAUUGCCAGGUGGCGGCGUGCCGUGGCUCAGGGACGCAGCCAGUACGGUACCACGGAUAUGCCAGGCCACCGUUCUCUAAGACACUAUCGAGGGAGACAAGAGGAAGAACGGAGACCACAAGCAGGGUAUCUGAAGCAGGUUCCAACCCUGGCAAGCUCGGCCGGCCCGGAUGACUCGUACGUUAGCACUGAGAGUGAUGAUAGCGACGGGCAUUAUCAUGCCACAGGCUCGGUGUACGGUAGAGAGUUGCGACAUAGAGGUCAUGGCCGGCAAGCAGGGCUGCCGCAGCACAAAAACAGACGGCAACUCCUUGCGACCGACAAACACUGUGCCUCUUCCGUACCUGCAGCCAUUUCGGCCCCGUGGUCUACCGGCACGGCGACGUCUCCGCCGCCGGCAACCCAACAGCGAAGUCCAAGUCCAGCUCUUAGCUUGAGUGAGAUACGAUACACUACUGGAGGUAGGAAAGAGGCGAAGAGGGCGCCGCCGAGACUUGCGCAGCGGGCGUUUCUUGGUACUGGUCGAGGAAAUGAGCGCACCGAGGCGUCGACGCAUCGGGGAAUGACCCGGCGCGAAGCCAUCCCCAGCCUCACAGUCGAGGCACCCACACCUACAGCCGGCCAAAGGCCCGUUGGUUUCCCGCAACCUACCCGUCCACCACCCCCGUUGUCUCAGAGACGCCUCCUGGCCCAGCAGCCAAGACACAAAACCCCGUCACCUUCCCACACAGCCCGCACAGUCUGGCCGUCGCCCCUGGGCAUCAUCUACGAUCCAAGGCGAAUGCAGCAACCGCCUACGCCUGAAAGGGAGAAAUACAGUGAGAAGCCCCUGCCGGCACCGCCUACUCCGCCUCCUCCACCGUCCCGUUCCCAGAGAAGGCCGGCACCGGCCACACCCAUCUCAGCAUCCAUCUCGCAGCGCCAUCAACAACUCUACCAACAGCAACAGCAUAUCGCUUCCCAAAUGAAAGCCACCACCGCCACUACCACCACCACUACUAAUACUACUUCUACUACUACUCCGGCGUCCUCAUUAUCCUCGUCUCCCCUGUCCAGAGAAAGCCGCUCACCACGCCUCCACAUUCCCACUUCCAGAUUUCGGGAAGGUCGUACUACUACUAGUAAUAAUAAUCAGGGGUUAAGGAGACCAGCCGGACCCGAACCAGGACAAAGGCCAUUUCUCCUCAAGGUGGGUGAUGAUGAUGACGACGACAACAACACAGAUUUCCUGCUGGCGCGGAAGAAGAACCCGUCGACAGGAGAACGGGCGAGGUCUGAGAGGGAGGCGGUGCGGCAGGACAAGGGUGAUGAUUAUGACGCGGAUUUGUUCCUGGAGAUUAUUGAGCAGUACGACGAUGCUGUCGUGGAGCGGGGCCGGAGGAAGGGGUGGGUUUGAGUAUGUGUGCCUGCUAGUAGAGGGCAGAAGGGGUUUUUUAAGGUCAGGGUAGAGAAGUGGAGGGACGGGACGGGAUACGGGAGCGAAGAACAGGAGGAGGAGGAUGAUACCCGAUUGUUUCGGGUUUGCAUUAUUAGUUGAUGAGCAGUAGUUUAAAGCGAUAUUCAUGUUGGGUUAAGCAUGCAGUAGUGGGUAUGUUACUAGACAUCGCCUUUGACGUUGGUCUCUGCGUGCCCUUUUUAAAG